GUGGUCUUCAGAAUCCACCUUUUCAUUUCUUCGUUUCCUCCGCUCUCCACUACGAUUCUCUCAUUUUGAAGCUAUCACAUUCUCAUUUUCAGAAGUGCACAUCCUUCUCUUUGUUAAAGAUAAUGGCACUGGCUGAAUCAACACCAAUUGCAUACGGGGUUGACCAACUACAGCCAGUACAGCAUGAACCACAGCAAUCACAGCAUGAAGAACUCCUCAACGACGACGGUUCUGCAUCACCAUUGAACAAACAAAACUCCUCCAUCUUCUCACUUACUCUCGACGAAAUUCAACUCAAAAGUGGCAAGAGUUUCGGUUCCAUGAACAUGGAUGAAUUCCUCACCAACUUAUGGAACGUCGAAGACAAUAAUCAAGUCACUUCACAACCCAGCCAAACCGAACCAAAUGACAACAACAACAAUAACGAUAAAAUGCUAAUCGAAAACCAAACAACAUUGACCCGCCAAAAUUCUUUUUCCAUCCCUAUUGAACUUUGCAAGAAAACUGUAGAGGAAGUAUGGUCGGAGAUCCAAAAGGACGAUACAUCGCAUCUAAAAAUCGACAGACUUACUGAUCAUGAACCGCCUCAGCGCCAGCAAACCUUCGGAGAAAUGACAUUGGAGGAGUUUUUGAUCAAAGCAGGAGUUGUGCAAGAAGCUGUUGCAGCAGUCAGGCCUAGUGUUGAUCAUCAUCAACCGAAAAUGGUGGUAGCGCCGACGUUGCAAAGCAGCAACGCGUGUUUGGAUGCGAGUUUGGGUAUGGGGCAAAUGAUGGCAUUAGGGUUUUCUGCUCACCAAAAUAUGGGGAGUAAUUUGUUAAUCAAUGGUUAUACAACCUACCCAAUUUACACACCAACUAAGGGCAUGGUGGGAGACUUAUGCAGUAAUGGUGAAAAUGAGAAGAGUCAUGGCAUGGGAAUGGAGACUGGUGGUUUGAAGAGCAAUAAGAAGAGGAUCAUUGAUGGUCCGCCGGAGGUUGUCGUCGAGCGGAGGCAACGGAGGAUGAUCAAGAAUCGAGAGUCUGCUGCACGAUCUCGCGCAAGGAAACAGGCGUAUACAGUAGAGUUGGAACUAGAGUUGAAUCAACUUAGAGAAGAGAAUGAAAAGAUGAAACAAAUUGUGAAGGAAUAUGAGGAAAAGCGAUUGCAAGAGGGUGAAGAGGUCAACAAUGGCAAGAAAGAAGGGUGAAAAGUUGAGGAGAAUGAAGAGGACUGCGAGUGCAACAUGGUGAAUUGGAUCUCACAAAUAAGAUAUCAUAAAAUU